CACUAUAUCUCAAGUAUGAUUAUGUUGUAAUGCCUCUAUUUCAUCCUUGCAAUUGACAGCAUCUACACUUCUCGGGUCUAACACGGCUUGUUCAUAGAUAUGUGACAGCCGGUUGUAUGAGAGUCGAGAAGGCUGACAAAUAAUAUUGAUCAUGAGUAGACUCCGCAUAAAUUCAUCUCCUGAUUUAAUGUCUAAUUCAACGUUUGAACAAUGUUAUGAUGAUUCAGCUUUAGAAGGGGUUGCAGCCAACAUUAAGUUAUUGCUAAAGUUGAUUCAAGAACACAAAAAUGCUUGUAACAAAGAGAAGAACGAUGGCCGGAGAAUGUUGAGGGUGGCAACCAUGAUGACCAUUCUGGAUAGUGUUAGGACGAGAAUUCAGAAAUGUCAAUCUUUUGGUAACAAAUCACCAUCAGAAGCUGAAUCUACUAGUCAUGUUCCCAUAGACAAGAAGCACCACGAGGUGAUGAUUGAUGAGAAAGAAAAGCUGAGGAAACAGCUAAAUGCAAGCUUGGUAGCACGAAAGAGCCUUGAGGUCAUGUGUUCAAGCUUAGGAAAAGAAAAAGAGAUUAUGGCAGCAGAGCUCUCAAAGAAAGUCCACGAGUUGAAUGAAAUGGAGGACCUCAUCAAUGAUCUCAAAGAACAAAAUGAGAAUUUAGUGGAAAGGUUACAUGAACGUGCCACCAAGCAAAAAGAAAGGAGGCAUAGCAGUGAUGGAGGAGAAUUGCAAGGAAACAUUGCCCUCCAAGAGAGAAAUAAGGCACUUUCAGAGAACCUCCUGAAGUCAUUGAAUGGGUAUAAGUCCAUUAAGAGGAAAUGGAAGGAUGCACAAGCAGAAAACAUGGCGAUGCAUGCAACCAUGGAGGAAAUGACAGAAAAAAUUGGUGCUGGACUUGACAGAAUCCACAGCUUUAAAGAACAAAUGGCCUCUGAAAAUGUGCCCUCGACAAAUAUCCAAGAGGAGAUCGUUGAAUUAGAGCAUAUGUUUGAAUGCUUUAAAAUGCAGGUGGCAGAACAUGGUCCAAAAGAAGGGGAAUGUGUCAAACCAAAAGUAGAUAUUAGUGCUUGCAAGCCAACAGUUUUUGCAUGAGUAACUUAGAAACAAGUGUUAAAACACAAGGAAGAAAAGAUGGUUCUCAAGGUUUUCUUUGGCAUGGUCCAGGAUCAUGGUGUUCCACUGAAAAUGGAGAAACAUUAGCCCAUUCUUCUCUGUUAUGGAGUCAAUGUAAUAAAGGAGUCAAGUAUAUGCUAUGUAACAGGAAAUAACUAGUAAUGUUGUUUUUUUAUUCA